AUGUUAAAAGAGCUGCGGGAAAAGUGGUCCGAGUUCGCGGGUAAUAUUAAUGAUAUUUCACAGAUACAAAUCCCACGAUGGAUAAAUUAUGCCCGAGAGCAUAAAGUCGAACUACAUGCCUUCUGUGAUGCCUCUGAAAAGGCGUAUUGCGCCACCAUCUAUGUGCGCACACAAUCCGACACAGCGACCACCAGUCACCAACUAGUAGCCAAGGCUAAGGUGGCAUCGCUAAAAACAAAAAGUCUGCCACGACUGGAACUAUGUGGUGCGCUACUGGUAGCCAAACUCGUAUCCAUGGUGCAAACGCAUCUAAAUAUGGCGAAAUACAGAUUAUAUUUAUGGUCCGACUCCGAGAUAGUUCUAGCCUGGUUAGAAAAACCACCACAUGCGUGGAAAAAUUAUAUUUCUAACAGAGCGUCUCAAAUGCUCGACCUAGUAGGAUCAGCCACUUGGCGACACAAAGUCGAAAAAUCGACACUUAUCAUACAACACUGGAUGAUACCGACAUCCUUGAACAAUUUUCAUCGUUCCCCCGAGCCCUCCGAGUAG